AUGUCGAGACAACCGCCUUUUAUGUCUACUGCUCAAUUUAAUAGUUAUCCCACAAGUUUUCAACAGAGAGAAGGACGUUUUGGUGGCAACAAUGUUGAUUCAUCAUUAAGUCUGAAUCGUCGUCCGUCUCUACUUAGUAAUUAUCAUCAUAAUCAUUAUGGAAGCCCCGAAAGGUUGAAUCCGUUUUAUUUGCCCAUUGUUCAGUGUGCCAUGGGACCACAUGUUGAUGAACACUCAAAACGAGCACGUUACGUAGCGGGUGCAAGUUUAUCUGUGAAUCCACAGCUGCUGCCAUUAAGUAUUGACGUAAAAAAGGAAUCUGUUUAUGAACCAUUAACUGAGGCUAUAUCGCCAACUCCGGAAGAUACAAAACAACAUGAUUCAUCUGUUAAAGAUACAACAUCGAUUAGAGCAUCGAUACUAAAGUUAGAAAAUGAAAUAGAAUCAACAGAAAAACGUUUAAAUCGUGCAAAACAAAAUCAAAAAGAAAUAAAAAAUCAAGCCGAACAAUCUGCUGCAUGCGAAGAAGAAAAUGAAAUUUAUGAUCACACAAAGUCAAAUGGAUCACAAACAUUAAUAGAAAAAAUUUUACAUGAAAAUCGGGUAAAAUACGAAACAAAAAUUUAUUGUAAAAUUAUCGAACUCCUUUGUAUAUAUUUGCAGAAAAAAGCUGAAGACGGUCACAAGGUUUUUAAUCAAUUAAAUAAUAAUGUUGAUUUGACAAUGCCGUUAUAUAAUGAACCGUCCGAUAUUGACUCAAUUCAAAAAGUUCGAAAACGGUAUCAUGGUGUGAUAAAACAUAAACUGUUUUUAUUAUUGAAAAAAAGUCGUGAUAAACACUUACGUCGUACUAAACUUGAAAGUGACCAAUAUGAUACAUUGUAUCAACAAUGGCAAAAGAAGAUUGAAAAACAAGAAAAGCAGAUGAUUCAAAGCGAUAUAACACAGUAUCGUGAUUGUUUUGAAAAAACAUUUCCAGAAUUUCGUAAAAUUCGAGAAGAUAAAGAAAAAUUACAGCGCACUGGUAAUCGUACAACAUUAUCGACUAAUUUGACCAAUGCAAAUACAAGUGGACAACCGUUAAAUUCGAAUACAAAUAACACAAAUAAUAAUACGAGUAAUGGAAAUAAUAAUACCAGUAACAUGAAUUAUGUUAGAAGUGAAGCAGAGUUAGAACAAGUUGCUGAUUGUUUACAAGAAAUUGAAGAAGAAGAACGUAAGAUGAGACGAUUAUCAGUUAUUCCACCAAUUCUCUACGAUCGUUGGCAAAGAAAACACGAGUAUUAUAAUCGAAAUGGUUUGAUACAAGGUGACGUAGCUGAAUUUUGGAAACGCCAUACAAAAAUGGCCUAUUGGACAUUUGAGGAAAAACAAAUAUUUAUUGAAAAAUUUACACAAUCACCAAAAAAUUUUAGUUUCAUAGCAUCGUUUUUAGAGAAUAAAACAACCGAAGACUGUAUCAUGUUUUAUUACAUGACAAAGAAAGCAGAGAAUUACAAAAAUCUAUUGAGAAAACAAACACAAACAAGACGUAGAACAAAACAAGUAACAACUGCAAUCACAACGUCAUCAUCAUCACAACAACUAAACGUACAAAAUACGACUAGUGGACAAGUUAACCCGCUGCAAAAAGACAGUGAUCGUACCGUUGAUUCGAUUGACAGUGACAAAAAUUUGGAUGAAUUUCGUGGCAAAGAUCAAACAAAAUCAGCUGAUCUAAUAGAGGAUAGUGACAAACGUUCAAAUAAAAAUCAAUGCCAAGUUAUUUCAUGUACAACAAUUGUAUCAGAAAAAACUGGGAAAAAGAAGAAUCGAAAAAAUAAAUUGAAAGCUUUUCCAUCGAAAUGGAAUGAAUUAUCAAAUGAGCAACGAGAAACGAUUCGCCGUUCAUUGGAAAUACCGAUCAAGUGCACAACUUGUUGUCCACGAUGUUAUGAUAAACUUAUUGUUCAAAUAAAACAAAUCUAUCGUACUGUUCAACAAAAUGAACCAGAUGAAGAUGAGAAGGAAGAUGGCGAACCAACGGAGAAGAGAAAUGCCCAUACUGAGGCAAAUAGUGUGAAUAUCGAAGACGAUAAAGAACGACUGAAUGAUGAUGGAAGUGAAAUUACAAUCAUAUUAAAUGAAAAACCUAGCGACGACGAUGAAGAAGUUAAUUUGGUAGACGGUGAAGAUUGGUUGAAAAUAGCUAAAAAUAUUCAAAGAAGCGAAAAAAACUGUGGUGGAUAUUAUAUAAAACAACCAUCUCAAUUAGACAAAACAACGGUAGCUCAAAAAGAUGAAAAUGAAAAUGAAAAUCAACUUGCCGAUAGAAUAACUGAAAUUAAAGAGCAACAACAAAAUGAAGAAGAUGAAAAUUAUUCUGAAUGCGAUUCUGACGCCGUUCGAAUAAGUACUUUAGUCGUUUGUGAAGAUGAUAACGAUCUAAAAACAAUCAAUGAAGAUAGUAAUGAAUCAACAAAAAUGAUAAUCGAUGAACAAAAUCAACAGCAUGUAGAAGAUAAUGAAAAAAUUCGAAGUGGAAAUUUAACAACAAUAACGUCACUUGUCGAAAAAGUAAUAUCAAAUACUUUGAAUGAAACGGAAAAACGUAAUGCCACAACAAUGAGUGAAAAAAACUUCACAGUUACCGUUGCGCGGCCGCCUUCUCAACAGAUUGUUCCUUCAGUUCAACCACCACCUUUAGUAACACUAAAAACCACACCGACAACAGCAAACACUACCUCAGCGUCGUCUUCACCUCCUAAGACAUCAGCAACAACGUUAUAUAAAGGAUCGAUAAUGAAAGGCACCCCACUUUCCACAAGGUUAUCGCCAUCUUCCUCGUCCAAGCCAAUUGCUGUUGACACGUCCCAUAAAAGUUCUCACACCCAUUUUAGCCCACGACAACAAGAUGAACAACAAUUUCGACAAUUGAUGAUUGAUUCGCCAAAAAUGGGCUCUUCAAAAACUUUAGAUCGAGCGGUUGUCAAUGAACAACAUCCAUUGUUGUUGCAACAGCGAGAGCAAUAUCGUUCAGGAUACCAGUCAGAUUAUAAAAAUGUAAAGUCCCCAGUGCUGUAUCCUCAUCACGCAUUUUCACAUUCGUAUCAUUUGCAAAAACCACCAUCAAGUCUGACCACAUCGUCGACAUCAUUGACUACAACAAGCUCACCGAUGAAAACGGCUAAUCUUCCGACUGGUUCACAAGAUAUCAUAUCAGCUGAAACAUUUGAAACACUAAGAGCAGAUUUUGUUACAUCAAAGUACUUAACUUCAGGAGUCAGUGAAAGACAUCCAUCUUCAUCUGGCAGAGGAAGUGAACAGCAGCAGCAGCAGCAGCAGCAACAACAACAACAACAGUCAUCAACAUCAAUUGUCUUAUCUAAUGAGACACAAAGUAGUGGUUCUUCAUCCCAAGCCUCUGGAUCUAUACCAACAAAUGUCCAUCCGCAUGCCAAUGUUGCAUCUUUAUUAUAUCCUCAUGAUUUCAUUGCUAGUGGUGCUCUACCAUAUUCGCCGUAUUAUAAUUCUCUACCAGCAUCCGGACCUCAGUUAUUCAAUAUGUACGAUCCGAGAUUAAUUCACGAUUAUACAACAGCAGGAGCAACAAACAGUGAACAAUUGAAAGCUGAUCAGCAUAAAAUUAAUCCUGUGGCAGCCUCUCGUGUGCGACAUCAUCAAGCUUCUUCAAAUGUUACCAAUUCGCCGGAAACUUAUCACACACCGGCUAAACGUGUAGCAUCGGAAAAUAUGGGUAAAAUAUUUUUAUUUUAUAUGAAAUCACCAGAUGAAUAUUUACAUUCAUCACAACAGCAGUCUUAUCGUUCAGGUAAUUCACGAUCAACCGAAAGUUCUUCAGCACAUUUUCUUCGUGUUGAACCACAACCUCAAUAUCAAAACGUUAUUAAAGCGAGCACAAUACGCGAUUCAUCGCCCACAGAGGUUUAUAAGAAAGGAAAUAUAAUGCCAAUAACUGAACAUUGCGAUUCAUCUUCGCCGUACAUUCGUGCGGGUCUUCAUAAGCCACAACCGGCUCAUCCACAUUCUCAUUCUCAUCACCAUCAUUCUCAUGCGCAAUCACAACAAGUAUCGCCGCAACAAGCCUCUUAUGGAUCAGCUACAGUACAAUCUCCUUCUCCAUCCGUGUACAGUUUACAAUAUCCUGGACAUCAUUCAUCACCGUCAGCUGUUUAUCAUCAAUCACAACGACCUCAUCAUUCAUCACAUCAUCCAACGUCCUAUGCUUAUGAUAGUAAAACUGUUCCUUUGACAUCAAACGAUAGUCAGAAUUCAAUUACAAUUCAACAAUUUAUGGAAAAAAAUGCUACUCUAUUUUUCAAUAAUCAAGAUCCCAAAAUAUUACGUGAGACUGUUUCACCAGUACAAGAAAAUUUCUCAUCGAUAGCUGGCAACCAAUCAAAUAGCCGUUUAGCAUGUAUUUUGCGUAAUGCAAAAGCACAUCAAUUAAUUACAAUUGAUGAUGACUCAAAUGAUCAGUCUUCAGAAAAUGAUAGAGAUCAACAAGAUUCUCAACAACAGCAACAACAACAACAACAUCCAACAAAUCUUUAUCACUCUCCUCAAUCCUCACAGCAAAAACGCCAUAGACAGUCAAGCUUUCAACAAUCAAAUAAACAUGAAUCAAUAAAAACUACUCCACCAUCAACUACGACAGUGCCGAUUACAUCCUCUGUUAAUACAAUGUUAACAACUUCCACAAAUGAUACCGGGCCAAGUGAACGUCGAAGAAAUGGUUCGAUAGCAAAAAUCAAUUCAGAUGCAGCGAAAGUUCAGGCUGCACAAAAUGCAAAUUUAGAGCGAACGAACAGUGGUACACGUGCAGGUCGUUCACGUGGUUCAAUUACAAUGAGCAUGUUAAAAGGUCAAGGAAGUUAUGGUCCUGAUGGAAAAGCACAAUUAACAGGAACAGAACAAGGCUCAAAUAAACGACCGUUAUCGCCGUCAACAAGUUCAAAACCAUAUACUGAAUUCGAAUAUUUGAUACGUGAUGAAUUAGCAGCUGAAUGUCCACCUCUUCAGCGUGAUGGAGCACCCAGUGUCUUUCGUAAUCCAAGUGGAAAUCGCACCUCAUCCUUCUCAUCCACAGUUAACCCACAACGGCCGACAUCUAGUCAACAACCAGCCCCGAAAAAAAUGCGUACUUCGUCAAAAUUGUCCGACGCAAGUCGUGAUGACCAAAACCAACAUCUUACUGAACAACAGCAACGACAGCAAUUAUCCUCUUCAAAUUAUCAUCAGUCAUCAGUAUACCCUUCAACGAACAGUACCGAGUCAUCGUCUACUGUACGCGAUCCAUUCACGUUACAACCUCCUAAUUCAUCUAGAGCACAAACAAAUCACAUGCAACCCUCAACUACACACGAAAGAAGUUGGCAAUCAAUUUCUCAGCAUCACCAUCAACAACAACAACAGCAGCAGCAACAGCAAGCGCAUUAUCUACAUCACCAAUAUCCAUCAACAACCCAACAAUCUGGAUCGAAUACAUUCCCAUCACUGCAUAGUCAAUUUGGUUCAUCAUCGACUGCAGCACAACGUGGUGGUUCAACAUCCAAUCGUGGAGGAUCCAUAACACAAGGCAGUCCCAUUUUACUAAAACAGUCGUCAUCGUCACCUAGUAGUAGAACAAGUUCGUCUUCUUUGAAUGUCAAUGCAUACGCCGCUUCUCAGCACCAUCAACGAUCAUCGCAUUUUUCUCUCAAUAAGUCACCAAAUAGUUCAAAUAAUUUAUUAAAUCCACGUAAUAAUUCAAAUUGUUUUCCAAAAACGUCUCAAAACAAUAAUGCUGGAUCAGUUCAAUCGUGUGGUUUCCGUUUUACACCUGAAAUAUCGACAGAUUCCGUGAGGUCUUCACCAACUGAGCGCCUGUUGAAUAUCUCUGAUAGUAACAAACAAUAUCAUAACUACAAUCAUCCAGAUUCAAUGUCUCCGCAACAAAUGUCUCGCCAUGAUCCACAUCACAUGAUCAGAUCGCCACUGAUGCAUCAUGACACAAGUCAAAAAUCACCGAAAACCAAAACAUCAAGGAAACAAAAUCUAACACCUACAGCACACGCUCAUCGCGCUCAACCACACCAUUUUUCGUCUCAACAAUCUCCGUCCUCUUCAAAUCGUAGUGAUGCAUUAUUAAAAUCACAAACAAGCAAAACAUUUUCGUCACCAUCUCCUUCUCAUGAACAUGAACAAAUUAUUUCUCCUCGUAAAAGUCCUGCAUCGGCAGGAUUCUCAAGCGCAACAGGCUCAAGUCCGUCGCCAUCCACUCCGUCUUCUUCGUUCGCAUUAAAAAAACGUUUAGUAGUUGAAUACGAACAUGAACAGCAACAAUUACAACAGCAACAGCAAACAAGCGAAAGUCAGUCCACUCAGCCAUCCACCACUGCUAGCGAACAACAAUUCGAAAAUAUCACUGAUGGUAAUGCCCAUUUACAAACAGGAACGGACGGGACAACCUAA